AUGGUGAUAAAAUCAGAGAAGAACGCCAUCAACGAGAACUGGAAACCGUCCUUCCUGUCCGACGAUGAGUUCAGCCAACUGAUGUUAGAAGCUCUGGAUGGUUUUAUGAUAGUCUUCUCCCAGCAAGGCCAUAUCUUAUAUACCUCAGACAGUGUUAUCUCAUUACUCAGACAUUUACCGAAAGACCUUGAGUCAUGUACAAUAUAUGAACUUAUCCAUGAAGAUGACAGGCCGGAAAUGUUCAAGAUUCUGUCCCGGGCAGAUUCCUCCAACGGCACUCCCGAUGUCCUAGGGCAGAGGUUCUCCUUCUCAUGUCACAUGAGGAGAGGUACAUUAGAGCCAGAUAAACCCGCCGAGUAUGAACCCAUCCGCUUCAAUGGAAGCUUCUCCCUUCUUCAGACAAGCCAAGGUGCUUUCACGGACAUGGUCACCACACCUAGGUACUGCUUUGUGGCAACGGUUAGACUACUCUCGACACAGCUGAGCAGAGAAAUGGCGACUUUCACUGAGAAGGGCAAUGAAUUCACAUCAAGACAUAGUCUCGACUGGAAAUUUCUCUUCUUAGACCACAGGGCCCCUCCUAUUAUUGGUUAUUUACCAUUUGAAGUGCUUGGUACAUCGGUGUAUGAGUAUUACCAGCAGGACGACCUGGAUAAGCUUGGAAGAUGCCACGAAGCAUUGAUGCAAACGGGGGAAGGAAAGUCUUGCUAUUACCGCUUCCUAACCAAAGGACAGGAGUGGAUAUGGCUUCAGACACGUUACUUCAUAACCUACAACCAGUGGAAUUCUAAACCAGAGUUCAUCGUCUGUACACAUCAAGUUGUCAAUUAUGCAGAUGUUCGUAACGAUAUCAACAAAGAGUUGGAACUGGCCGACAGCAAAAUGAGCGGCGCGGAUUCCGACAGUACCAAUCUCUGGGAUUCCAGCGCUUCGGAAUCGGCAUCGCUGUCGACGUCCGUCUCGGCGAACUCUUCCCUCAACAUGCCGUUGUUCAGCACAGGCAAGAAUGAGAGAUGGCAGUCAUGGAGCACAGAUGAAAGUAUAUCAUGCACAAGCAGUCUGAAACCACCCAGUUUAUCGCACACAGAAAGCAAGAAAGGACUUUCACCUUCACAAUCUGUUUCACAAGCAUCCAACACCUCUCAGCAGCCCCUCCCCCAGGCCAUGGUAACCCAGCCAUCGUCGGCACCAGGAAUGUUUCCUCCCAACAACGGUCCUCCGCAAGAACAGCCUGCCUCAUCGGACAGUAAUCUGACACCACAGCAGAUUACUGUCAUCCAACUGAAGCUACAGGAGCAGUUGAUGAUGAGACAUCACAAAUUGCAGGAUGCCAUCCUUCUACAGCAACAGGAAUUGCAGCAGGUUCAACAACAGCUGAUGACGGCGCAACAGUUAAUGAUGCAGCACCAUCCGAUGCUCGGUCAGAUGUUCAUCCAGCAACAGGAGCAACUGAUGGGGUCCAAGACCCCGCCUGUAGGGGGUGCUGGUCAGGCCACGCCCUCCAACGCUUCAGUCCAGCAGCUGGAACCCCCGAGGAUCCAGCAACCGCCGCACUCCUCCCAGCAUCCCCAGCAACUGCCACAGCAACAGCAACGACACACACCACAGCCGACGUCUCACGAGGCGCUGUCGAUGGAACAACUUGCACAGCAUCAGCUGUCUACUGGGGCUAUGUGGCCUUGUAAUACACCCAAUCUUCUUGAUUUGCCGAGUUAUGCCUUACAGUCAGCAACAAGGGCCCCGUUUGCUAUGCACCACGCUCAUCAGUAUCCCUCCACCUCUGGACAAUCAUCGCACCGGGAACACCUGACCCCCCAUAGAACUAAUAACAACGCCCCACCCCAUCAGCAGGUGGGGCCGCCGCCCCCGCAGCAGCAGUCGCCACCCCCACCGCCCCCUCACCACCCCCAACAGUCUCUGAACUGUCACUCUUCUUUACCCCAACCGACCAUGCACUCUUCAAUGACAAUGCCCCCGGGGGCGCAAGCGGUACCCAUGCAAGACCUCUCUUGCCUCGGACUUCCGACACUGGACAUGGGCAAUGACCAAUACAUGCAGCAGUCGGAAGGCCAAGAUACUUUAUAGGGGGGCGUGGUUGCCCCUCUUUGUAUUUCGAAGGUGCUCUUAUAUAUCGCAAUGCCUGUGCUGGUACAUUGUGUGAAUGGAUACUACAGUGCAUGCAUUUAAUUUGAAUUGGAGUGGAAAUUGGAAGAUACUACCUUCUUGCAUCAAGAACAAGAGGAUAUGAGCUUCUCGCAUUGAAACCUGGAGGAUGUGACCUUCUUGCAUCUAAACCUGAAGGAUAUGACCUUCUUGCAUCCAAACCUGGAGGAUAUGACCUUCUUGCAUCUAAACCUGAAGGAUAUGACCUUCUUGCAUCUAAACCUGAAGGAUAUGACCUUCUUGCAUCCAAACCUGAAGGAUAUGACCUUCUUGCAUCCAAACCUGGAGGAUAUGACCUUCUUGCAUCCAAACCUGGAGGAUAUGACCUUCUUGCAUCUAAACCUGAAGGAUAUGACCUUCUUGCAUCCAAACCUGGAGGAAAUGACCUCCUUGCAUCGAAACCUGAAGGAUAUGACCUUCUUGCAUCUAAACCUGAAGGAUAUGACCUUUAUCCAACCAUCGCUGAUCCUCAAUAUUCCAGUCAGAAUCGUUGCUUGCAGGGUUACAUGGAAUCGCGAAGAUUAGAAGCCUUUUCUAGGAUACUGCUCAACACAUAUCUACUGGCAUGCGCCAAAGACUUCAUGUUAUACAUGUAUAUGUUAUUGACGUGUGGAGUACAAUGUAUUAUGUGUAGUCAAAUGCAUUAUAUGUCUGUGUUUUACUAAACUCUAUUAAUCAACGCUUUCUUUGGGACUGCAGGUUAUCAUCCAGCAAAAAUAUGUAUGUGAAAAGUCUAAAAUGUCUUUUCGUGGUCAUUUUACGUUUUAUCAUGUAAGGUUUCUGAUUUAAAAAAAAAGUGCUUCUUAUGCAAUUUCCUCAUCUAUCAUUUGUUGAUAUUAAGCAUUAUUGGAUCAACUACAUUGGGGUUUAGAAAUGACUUCCAUGAACAUUUUGUCCAGUGAAUAUAUAUGAAAAAGGAUGAAGCUAAAGAGAUGAUCAAGAAUUACACAAUAUGUUACAUAUUUGAAAAGAAUUUCAGUAAUAUUGGAUUGGCAUUGUUUAUAUUGAUGAAAUUGCUACCAUAUUUUUCUUUUAUUACAUUGUCUGUGUCUGUCUCUUUGAAAAGUUUUUGAAAAUUUUUUCCUGAUUUUCAUGUAUGAUCACUCCAAUUAAUGCCAUGGCAAGGAAUGGAAAUACCCUGUCCACCCCGAGUAAGAACAUUCAGAAACAAAUCACAAUAUGUCAUUUUGACUAUCAAAAUAUUUUUUGUGCAAUUAAAAAAAAAACUUGUUGACUAUAGACUGGAGAGGGCAGUAUUUUGUAUGUGGUUAUCAGCAUUGCGGUUUGGAGGACGGUCUAAACAGUGCCUUUUGAAUUGAAACAAUGAAAUCAGAUGACAACCAAAUGUGCGAAAAAAUGAAGUGCCUACAUGAUUAUUCAGAUACAGUAAUUUGAAUUGAGGCCCAUUUUUCAUCAUUUAAAAAAAAUAGUUUGUUAGGCAAUUAAUUUCAAAUUAUUGAUACAUUAGGCAGUCAAGUAGGGGUAGAGAAAAAGACGGGUAACACUGUGUAUGGCUCAUAAAACUUCGAUAAAUUCUGUAAAGUUUACUAACAAAUUACAAAUACAUGUAGCGAGAAAUAUUUGUCCUUUGUCAGUACUUAUCUUCUUUUAUUUCAUUCCUUUUCAUUGAAAGUCCCAUACAACCUCAAGGUUGGCACUUCUACUUUAGGGGGCAUUUUUAUGACCACUCCGGAGAGGUUUAUAAUUUUUAUAAAUGUUUGCUUCUACCAAAUUAUCUGAUGGUCAUGGCACAUGUGUGAUGAGCCUCACAGUUAAACAUCAAAUACAGUAUAAAUAUCGAAGGCAUAUUGCUCACAGAUUUAGUUGAAUUCUGUAAGAUAGCUUAAAGCUUGUCUUUAGCUGUGAAGUGUCAAUGAUGUGAAUUAUAUUCAAAUACAAGUAUUAUCUAACAAACCAAUCUUAAAAACUUGAAGUAGCAUUUUAAUCCCUUGGCCAACGGCCUGUUCUCUUUGAAAAUUAAGAUAUUCAUAUCAAACAUAUCUAGUGCCCUCUCUCUGCGAUAUUUCUACUUUCCUUGAUAACAGCCCUUGAAGCAUUUAACUUAUGAAUAUAGGGAUUGGAUCUCACUAAGCUAUAGACAAAGAUUAGUUCCAGGGCCCCGUCUCACAAAGAGUUACGAUUGAUCCAAUCAAUCUCAACUGUAUGGAAAUCUAUCCGUAAUCUAUCUCCUAAGUAAACAGAGAAUCACGCUGAAUCUUCAAGAGAACGAUGAAUGUAUGGAUAUACAUCAUGUCUAGAAAAUGUUUUAAACAAAUUUGCAUUUUAGAUGUUGACGUUGCUGGCCGUCCAUAUUUGUGGUUGAUCGGAUCAAUCUUAACUGUAUAAAAAUCCAUCCAUAUCAUUAUUUUUUCUAAAGGAAUUUUGCGUAAUCUCCAUAGUAAACAAAGAGAAUCACACUGAAUCUUCAAGAGAAUGAUGAUUGUAUAAUUAUCUAGAAAUAAUAUCUCGAAAAUAUUUUGAACAAAUUGGCAUUUUGGAUGUUGCCGUUGCUGGCCGUCCAUAGUUGUGGUUGAUUGGAUCAAUCGCAACUCUUUUUAAGAUGGGGGCCCUGAAAUUUGCAGCCCAGUCAAUGCAUCAGAUUAUGUUUUUAUCAAAUAGAAAUACCAUGCAGAUACAUGUAUUCUAUUUUUUGGACAGGCACCCGAUCAAAAUACAUAUUCAUGUAAAAUUGCAAAAUUUAUAUCCUUUAAAACAUAUUUUCAUUACAUAUCUUACACAUCAUUGCUGCUUUAGGGCAUACACAUUUGUAUAACCUAGUUACGAGGUACUAGUAAUGGGGGAUUUACCAAAAUCAAAGACAAGCUUUAAGUUUACAUGGUUUUCCCACCACAUGGCAGUGUCUAACAUCAUUUUCCAAACAACGUGUUCUGUUACUGCCCUAAUACUCAAGGGCAUGUGUGCUGAACUCUGGUCUAAUGUACACUCUGGUAUAAAUUUUUUGUUUAACUAUGAAUAGCCAAUCGUGUCGGGUAUCUCUUACAGUACAAGU